AUGUCUCCCAGCCAUCUCUUCCGGGCCAUGCAGCCCCUGCGGUCUUCCCUCCUCAGAUCCACCGCAACCACCUCGACAACGGCACAGGCGUUCCAGGCCACCACCCGAUCAAGACUCACGACGACGGUGUGCUCGCGAUUCAACUCCACGACUGCCACCACCGAGUCGUCGGCAACUCAGCAGCCCACCCCAUCGUCCGCGACCAACCCCCCGGUCGUGCCUCCUUCUCUCCGCAGCUACCCCUACACGGUGAAGACGGGCACCGUGGUCUCUGUCGGCCGCAUGGACCGCACCGUCCGCGUGAGCCACCGUCACACCACCUGGGACCCGUACCUUCGCAAGACGUACCCAAAGAUCACGUCGUAUCUGGUCUCGGACCCGCGGAACUCUCUGCGCGAGGGCGACGUCAUCGAGUUCUCGUCCGGAUACCCCAAGAGCCGGCAUGUGCGUCAUGUGGUAGAGCGGAUUAUUGCGCCUUUUGGCGCGGCCAUCGAAGAGAGACCGCCGGUGAUGACGAGGGAGGAGCGCGAUGCUGAGCGUGCGGCGAAGCGCGCCGCCAAGUGGGAGCGCAGAGAGGCCCGGCGGUUGGAGGAGGGUGCCGGCGCGCAGAUGGGGCCAAAGGAGCAUGUCGGUCGCAUUCGUCGGCUGGUUUAUGAGAGAACUGGUGGUGUUGCUUAG